AUGAAUCAACUUGGGGCUAUGUGGACCUUUUUCAAGAAAACCUAUUUGGGGGUGGAGGAGAAGGAUGGAUCCACGGUGGACAUACUUCAUGAUCAUGUGGAUUAUGAUGAAGAAUUUGAAGGACAUGGUGAUGAUGAGAUGAAAAUAAUGUUAGGUUCGGAAUCGUUUGAUCAUGAGAAUGAGGUGCCAACACCGACAUCAUCAAUGAAUGAAACUACAGCUGUAUUUGAACAACAUAUUUUGGAAAAGAAGGAAAAUAUCAAGUGGAAGUUGUGUAGAACGACAAAACAAGCUUUGGAAAUUUAUUUACAAAAAUCAGCGAUGAAUACUACUAAUAAUAAUGGACAACAACUUGCAACAAAUAAUACAAGUGGUAAUAAUACAACAACAACUUCAACACCUGAGAAAAAGACAUGUAGAAGAAAGAGCUCUGCAAGUAUUGACAAGUCAUCAUCAUCAACUGAACCAACAAAAAUAUCAGUGACAGUUGGAAAUGGACAGUUUGAAGUGGAAUCAUGUAGAGAUGUUCCGUAUAUUGCUGAUUCUGAUGAUCCAAAGCAAAAAUUGAAUAUUUUCAGAACUAGAGUGAAGAGAUCUUCACAAGAUCAAUCCAAACUGCCAGUACUCUUCUUUUGUCAUGGUGGAAGUUGGAGAAGAGGUGAUAGAACUCACAGAUGGUUUGAUGCAUACAGUCGAAUGGCCAUGAGAAUUUGUGAAGAGUAUCCUUGUGUGGUUGUUGUGAUUGGUUAUAGAUUGGCUCCUGGUGCCAAGACUGUUCCAGAUCAAUGCGAAGAUGUCUUGUCUUCAUUUAAAUUUUGCACAGAUAAUAUUGAAAAGUAUGGAGGUGAUUCUAAUAAUAUUGCAAUUUUCGGUCACUCUGCUGGAGCUCACUUGAUUUCACUCUGUUUAUUGAGAUAUGGAAUGAAUUUGAAGAAUUUAAAGGAUCCAUACACAACUGAAUCCAAAGAUUUUGAUGAGAGAGAACAGCUCGACAGGCAAAUAUUAGAGAAAAUUAAGGCAGUAAUUUGUGUUGGUGCCGUGUUUGAUGUUCAGAAUGUUGCUGAUAGAAUUUUCCUUACUAGAAAAUUCAUUGUUGAGCCAGCUUUUGGAGUUGCUGAUCGAUAUGAUGAUGUCUCUCCAAUUUAUUAUGUGGAAAGAGAAAGAAUUUUCCUCUCCAGACAUGUACAUAAUUUGAAAUCAGUUCCUUCAUUCUAUAUCGCAAAUGCUGCAAGUGAUCUUGGAUUGGAGGAUCAGGGAGAGAGCUUUGCUACAAAGUUGAAACAAAUUUAUGAUGAAUAUUCGAAUGGACAUAUAUUGUGGGAAGAUGAAUCAAAAUCCCCAGUUGUAAAAUACAAACGGUACGAGGAAGGAACUAAUCACUUUACAAUUAUUGGACUUUCACAUGCUAUGGGUAAUAUCUAUGAACCAUUAGUUACUGAUAUUUUGAAUUUUAUGAAACAAACUAUUACUGUUGACAGCUUUGUAGCUAAGGAAAUUUCCAAACCUGCAACUAUUCCAACAGCUUUGGCAAGUGCUAGCAGUAGUGCAGAACUAACCUUGAUUGAUGAGGAAGAUAAGGAACCAACCACGGCCAUUUCUUCUAUCACAUCUGAUGAGGAAGAUAAACGACACAUGACUCGUGUGGAAAGUUUAGAAGUAAUUCGAGGAACAAUGGGAUUGUAA